AGUCACAUGAGUUCGCGGAUUGUUUGUAGUGAGCAGCUGAUGUGACGCUGUCAUAGAUCAUAGACGAAUUUGGUCGAAAAUGAUCUCAGAAUGAUUUUAUAUAACCUUUUCCUAUCAUCGCCGGUCAUGUGACUCUCAUUUGAUAUCUGGUCUAACGGAGGUUUUUGCUGUAAGAACCGGCGCGGAACCGAUACAUUGCGUCCUGUCAGUGAAAUCUUACCGCAAUGUUUCGGUGUGUGACAGACGUCAAUGCAUUUCACUAGAGGUUCAGGUGACUGACUCUGUGUUUUAAUAAAGACUUUUAACGUCAGGAGUAUCUACAGAACGCACCGCGCGUCUCUGUCAGCCUGUUUCGCAACAUGCAGCUACACUGAUUUAUUUCGUGUUUUACUUGCGCUCAAAAACCGUACGUUUGCAUGUAAAGUUAGGCGUUUUUUUAAAAGACCAACAUGCUGCGGUGGAUUCUGGGAGGUCGGGAGGCGCAGGGAACAGUGGAGAAGAGCGCGGCGCUGUUCAUUGGGGAGGAACAGCCCAAAAACUGUUUCACGGAGAUGCAGGUGCUGAAAGGACACUUUGACAUUGUUCGAUUUCUGGUGCAGAUUGAUGACUUAAGGUUUGCGUCUGCGGGUGACGAUGGUCUGGUGCUCAUAUGGAACGUUGAGACGGGAGAGUGUUUGUUUGAGCUGCGCGGUCACACACAGCAGAUCACUGCAAUGACAUCAUACUCCUUCAUCAGAGGACGAAACACACACGCCGCGCUCAUCACCGCAUCAUCAGACCGCACACUCAGUUUAUGGGAUCCAGAUUCAGGAAACCGAGUGCAGAAUAUAUCUGAUCUCCAGUCCUCAGUGAAGUGUUUGCUGGUGUUGGAUCGUUUGGAUGUGUGGCUCUCGGGUGGAAAUGAGCUGUGUGUUUGGAACCGAGACUUUGAGCUGCAGUGUAAAACAGUUCAUCACAGCGAUGCAGGCAUCUCGGCCAUGGUGGAGCUACCAAAGAACUUCAUUGCAGCUGCCAUGGAUAAAGAGAUUGUGAUAUUUAAGCUGAGCCUGUCCGGAGCAGACGUCGCGGUCAUGGCCAUGCGUCAUCUAGCUGACCAUCAGGACACCAUCCAUUCUCUCAUCAGCAUCAACGACGGUAUGUUCGCGAGCGGCUCUCACAUCGGUGAGCUCAUCAUCUGGGAUUCAGUGGAUUGGACGAUCCAGGCGUAUGAGCACAUCCUGUGGGAGGAGCCGCCGGGAGACAGCCAAUCAGAGGUCAAGCUGAAACAGAUCGAGAGAUCUAUUCAACACUUGAGCUCAGACGGAGAGUAUAUAGUGGCGGCUGUAGGCAGUGGUCUGUAUGUGUUUAAUGUGUUGAUGAAGAGUGUGGUGGCGUACAGGAAGAUCGCCCAUGACUCCAAUGUCUUACACACCAUGCUGCAGGAGGACGGGCGCCUGAUGUCGUGCUCUGAGGACGGUAGUGUGAGGAUGUGGGAGCUACAGGACCUCCCCCUGCCCGCCGAACCCGCCUCUUCAGGCUUUUUUGGGAUGUUCGGCACUUUCGGCAGGUCCAGUAAGCAAACAGGCCCUCCUGCCAAGAAGAUCCCAGAAGUCCCUAGUCUGCGCUCGCUGGAGCUGAUCGGCGAUCUGAUUGGUCACUCUGGAGCUGUGCAGAUGUUUCUGAGUUUUAAGGAGAAGGGUCUGGUCACCUGCUCCACCGAUCAUCUGCUCAUCAUCUGGAAGGAUGGAGAGUUACAGUCUCAACUCCGCAGUCUCGCCGUCUUCCAGAAACUCGAGGAAAUCCAGGAACUGUGAGCCGAUCUUCGAAGCCAUCUCAUCUCUGAAGCCCGAAGCCUCUUUCAUGGUUUAAAUCCAAACAAACACCUUUCUUUGCCUUACUAACCAUCUGCAAACUUGGUCAGAUCAGUGUUUUAACUUCACAUUGUUUCUGUAUGAUGUUGCCAUUUUAAUUUAACGGUUUUAUGAAAUCAGUCUCUUAUAUUGAACGUGUUUAACAGUGUGUAUAUUGUGAUGAAAGUGUUUUUAUGUCAUUUUAAAUUUUUGUUUUUAAAGUGCAAUGAUAACGCUUUUCGAUAAAGUCUCUUUUGUUAUAAAUAUGGUUAAUAUUAUUUUAGUAGAUAAAAUAUUAAUUUUAAU